AUGAAUAAGAAAAGGUACUUUCUGGAGCAUCCAGAGGUCAAGGACUACUUGGUCAAAGGAGACAGAUUCACCAAGUGGUCAGAGGACUCAACAAAGACCAGUCCUGUCACCAUGAAGAUGGAUCCCAAAGGUUUCUACGUCUACUGGAUUAACCAAAGCAAGGAGACAACAUUCCUGGAUGUUGCUACCAUCAGAGACACCAGAACAGGGAAAUAUGCAAAACUUCCCAAACACCCCAAGGUCCGCAACGUGUUCAACCUGGACUUCCCAGACAGCAACCAUCUCGCCAAAACCCUGACCAUCGUCUCAGGUCCAGACACAGUCAAUCUGACCUAUCAUAACUUCUUUGCCUCCAAGGAGAAAGUGACACAGAACUGGGCAAAUGACAUCCUUGCAAUUGCCUAUAAUGCUGCGAGAAACAAUGCCUGCAGACAAGUCUUCCUGGACAAAAUAUUCACCCGCAUUUCUCUUCAGACCAACAAGGACGGCAAGAUCCCGGUGAAACACAUUUACAAGAUGUUCCCUGCGGAUAAGAAGAGGGUGGAAAGUGCCUUAGCAUCAGCACACCUCCCGAAAGGAAAGUACGACACCAUUAAGCCUGAUGUUUUCACUGAGGCUGCCUUCAAGACCUUCCUGACCAACCUCUGUCCUCGGCCUGAGAUCUUAGAGAUCUUCACUUCGUACUCCAACAAACCCACCAUGACCAAGGAGAACUUCACCAAGUUCCUCAACGAGAAGCAGAGGGACUCCCGGCUCAACGAGGAGCUGUUUCCACGUCUGCGGCAAGACCAGAUCAAGGCUCUGAUCGACAAGUACGAGCCGUGCUCCUCGAACUCUAACAGAGGUCUGAUUUCUCCAGAAGGGCUUUUGUUCUUCUUGAUGGGUUCGGAGACAUCAGUGGUGAUGCAGGACAGACUGGCCAAGUGUCAGGACAUGACCCAACCUGUGCCCCACUACUUCAUCAAGUCCUCACACAACACAUACCUGACAGCCGGUCAGUUCUCUGGCGUGUCCUCUCCGGAGAUGUACCGUCAGUGUCUCCUGUCCGGCUGCCGCUGUCUGGAGCUGGACUGCUGGAAGGGCAAACCUCCGGAUGAAGAGCCCAUCAUCACUCACGGCUUCACCAUGACCACUGAGAUCCUCUACAAGGAUGUGAUCGAGGCUAUAGCAGAGAGCGCCUUCAAAACCUCCCAGUACCCCGUUAUCCUCUCAUUUGAAAACCACGUUGACUCCGUGAAACAGCAGGAGAAGAUGGCCAACUACUGCAAAACCAUAUUUGGUGAUGCCCUGCUAACAGAGCCUCUGGACAAAUACCCUCUGAAGGCAGGACAACAGAUUCCCAGCCCAGCUGAGCUCAUGGGUAAGAUCCUCAUCAAGAACAAGAAGGGCAGCCACGGGAAACCAGCUCCGGCUAAGAAAGCCACCACAGUCGCCACUGACCAGCCUGCUGCCACAGCCGCACCCACCCAGGACCCAAACACCUCUUCUCCGGAUGGCACCACCCCGGCCCCUAGCACCCAGGAGAACCAAGAGGUGGACGCAGCUGUGGAGGACAACGAGGAGCAAGAAGACACAGAGGAACAGGACGAGGAGAAAAUGAAGACGUCAGAUGAGGGCACAGCUGGACAAGAAGUAACAGCGUACGAGGCGAUGUCAUCCAUAGUCAACUACAUCCAGCCCAACAAAUUCAUCUCUUUUGACAAUGCCAGAAGGAAAAACAAGAGUUACGUCAUCUCAUCUUUUGUGGAGACCAAAGGGGAGGCAAUGAUUGCCAAGACUGCUGUUGAAUUUGUCGAAUACAAUAAGAGGCAGAUGAGCAGGAUUUACCCCAAAGGAACGAGAAUGGACUCAUCCAACUACAGCCCUCAGCCUUUUUGGAAUGUCGGCUGCCAGAUGGUGGCGCUCAACUACCAAACAAUGGAUUUCCCCAUGCAGCUGAACAUGGCCCUGUUUGAAUUCAACGGCAGGACGGGUUACUUACUCAAGCACGAUGUCAUGCGUCGCAGUGACAAGAAGUUUGACCCUUUCUGUGACAGGAUUGACACGGUUGUGGCGAGCACGCUGACCAUAAAGAUCUAUUCGGGACAGUUUCUGUCAGAGAAGAGCGUCAAAACAGGAGUGGAGGUGGAGGUGAUCGGGCUGCCAGGAGACCCCAAGAAGAAAUACCGCACCAAGUGGUCCACCACCCCCAACGCCAUCAACCCGGUGUGGAAUGAGGAGCCGUUUGUUUUUGAGAAGAUCCUGCUGCCAGAGAUGGCCUCUCUCAGAAUUGUAGUGCAUGAAGAGAAUGGAAAAUUCCUGGGACAUAGAAUCAUCCCAGUCGAUGCCAUUCAGUCAGGCUUCCAUCACAUCUGCCUGCGCAGUGAGAGCAACAUGCCUCUCACUCUGCCUGCUCUCUUUGUGUACAUCGAGGUCAAGGACUACAUCCCUGCUGCCUUCGCAGAUUUCACAGAUGCCUUAUUUAAUCCAACAAAGGGGACAGAAAAAACCACAAAGACCCCCAAAGAGUCAUCCGCUGACUACGUUUCUCCCUAUGAGUUGCCUCUUGUGGUCCAAGCCCCUGCAGACAAAGCUAAAGAAAGUGAAGCUCCUGCUGCAGAAAAUGCUACACCAGCCACCGAAGAGCCGCCCCAGCCUGCACCUGAACCUGCUGCAGAAGAAGCCAAAGACGAGGCGGAGAACAAGUCAGAUGCUACCGAACCUGUAGAGGAGCCUCCUCAAACUCCUGUCGCUGAAGACGCAGCGCCGGAUGCGGCUGAAACUGUUCCUGAAGAUGCUGUUGCACCUGAGGAGCCAGCUGUUCCAUCUGAGGAACCUGCUGUUUCAUCUGAGGAGCCUGAAGCUGAGGCAGAAGCAGCCCCGGAACCAGAGGCAGCUCCCGAAGCCAAAGAAGAACCAGACGCCGAUGCAAACCCCGAGACUGCUCCAGACGACAAAGAGGCAACGGAAGCCGCCGAAGAGCCUGCCGUCGAGGUCGUCCCCGCCGUCAAGGUCGUGCCCUGUCCGGUAAGCGAACCGGCCGAGCCUGCAGAACCAGAUGACUCACCUCAGCCACCGACCAGCAGCGAAGAGCCUUCGACUGUGACUGUUGAGCAGCUGACACAACACAAGAACUAUCUGAAGGUCAUCAAGCGUCAGGAGAAAGACAUGAAAGAGGCAGAAAAGAAGUAUCAGAAAAAAGGAGAGGAUCUGAUUCAGAAAUACACAGACUCCUUCAAGGCCCUCAAGAAGAAAGCCUCGAUGAAGAAAAAAGACGGAGGAGGCGACACCUCUGACUCCAGCGUGAACAAUGAGCGAGCGAAGGAGCAGAAAGAAAAAAUGCAGGCUGAGCUAAUAGCUCUGUGGACGGAGCAGAGCGAUCAGAUGAAGAAGAAGAAAGAGCAGUUUGCCACAGAGAGACUGGCCAAACUGUUGGAGAUGGCCACAGAGAGACACACCAGCGAGCUGAAGACCCUGGAGAGCGAAACCAAAGAAAACAAGAAGAAAACGCUGACAAAGUGUUCGUCCACAGACAAAGCAAAGCUGAAGAAGUCCCAGAGCGUGGAGGUGUUGGAUGAGCCCAGUCAGGCUGAUGGUGCAUCCUCAGAUUACAGUCCACAGCAAGAGGCUCUGAUGAAGAAACAGGCCGCUACACUGGAAGAAAUCAAGGGCCUGACUAAUCAGCUCAAUCAAGAGGCCCUGAAGGAGCACGACCAGAAGCUGAGAUCUCUGCCAGCAGAAGCGAAGGAGACGGUGAACGUCUGCGUGGGGGCGCAUUUCCCCGAAUUGGUGGACGAGGCUGGAGACAAGAAGGUCGGGGGAGUGGGCUUCUAUGGAGAUGUGUUCCUGGGUUAGAUGUGCCUUUAGGCCACUGAUCCCUCAGUGGAACUUACUUUUUUUUUUCCCACUCUUAUAACCGUUUUCAACCAUUUACAUAACCUGCAGCCUGAGCACAGCAAAGAAAUAGAAGAAAACUAUUUUAUUAGCAAAGCUUAGAGUGAAGCUUCAAUUUAGAUGUGCUAUUCAUAGUCGGAAUAUUCUGUGAUUCAGCUUUAAACCAAUAAUGAAUGUUUUCAUGGAUGCCUCAUAGUUCAAUGUUAGAUGAUUUGGUAAUAAUUUUGACUCUUUAUUUGUGUUUCUUUUCACCAGAAAAAUAAAAAAAAACAGCCUAAAUUCGGCCACACGGUGACAAAUGUUUUCCAGCUGAAGGCCCCUUAUUAAAGGUCUCAGCUUGGUACUCGUGCUCUCCUUUCUACACUCUUAAUAACUUCAAAAAUAGCAAUAAAUGCAGCAAGGAAAAUAUAGCGGCAGAAAUGGGUUAUCAGAGUCUGCAGGCUGAAUGAAACAAAGACUCCAUUUGUCACACUUCAGUAGCUUGGUUUUGCAUGUGUGACACUUGGCAUUCAGUCUGACUGUGUGAUGUAACCGCGAAAAAAGUUUUGCAGCAUAAAAAUUGAAUUUUCUCUGCAACAAGGAUUAAAAAACAAAAAGACACAUGGACAUAUACAACAUGCAGCAUCAUAUUGACCAUAUAUCAAUAAAAUUCCUUUUUAAAAAAUGGGGCCUGUUUUAUAAUUGGGAUCGUCCUAUUAAUUGGUAUUUCUCCCUGUGAU